AUGAAUAAUAAAAGUUUUAUUUCCAAUCAAACGAUUUGUCUACUCUGUGGUUUUAAACCUUUGGUAGUAAAGAAGUUUAUAAUAGAGAGACAUUUCAGAACUCGUCAUUUGCUCGAAUAUUCCAAUUAUUCAAAUACCGAAAAAUUGAACAUAAUCGAAGGAUUAAAGCUGGUUUACCAAGAAGGUGCACUACCACCUUCUAUCAAUUCUUCUUCUCAAAAAUCUGUAUUAGCUUCUUAUGCCAUUUCUUUACUUAUAGCACAGAAUGCAAAACCAUUUAGUGAAGGUGUUUUUGUGAAGAAUUGUAUUAUCGAAGCGGUAAAAGCUUUCGGUAAUUCUUUAACACUUGAGGAAGCAAUGAGCAUUCCCCUUAGUUCAAAAACGAACGAUUUCUCAUGUGUCGAAGAACUGUUAGAUUUCGUCCCUUUACAUGGCACAACAACGGGACUUGAUAUAUUUUUAGCAGUUCAAAAAUCACUUGAAAAAUUUGGUGUAGAUCUUAAUAAAUGUUCUUCGAUUACAACUGAUGGCGCAAGAAAUAUGACGGGUUUGAAGAUAGGAUUCGCAGGUCAAUUAAAGCAGCGAAACAGUAACAUUCCUGUUAUACACUGUAUAAUUCAUCAGGAAGCAUUAAGUGGCAAAGUUGUACAAUUAUCAACAACUAUGGCCACUGUGUCUAAAAUAAUAAACCUAAUUAAAGGUGGACACAAAUUCCUGACUCAUAGGAAAUUUCAAUUAUUUCUGCAGGAACAUAAUGCUGUUCACACAGAUGUUCCGCUCGAUUGCCCAGUACGUUGGCUUAGUGCUGCAAAAUGUUUGGAAACAUUUUUUUCGAUAAGAAAAGAGAUUUUACUUUUUUUACAAGAGGGAAACAACCCACAAUAUCAGGAAUACAUAUCUCAUUUGGAAGAUAUUACAUUUCUUUCCGAACUUGCCUUUAUUACAGAUAUAACUAAUCAACUUAGGCUUCUCAAUUUAAAGUUACAAAGAACAAAUCAAAGUAUUUCGCAAUUAGUUAGUCAUGUUGAUUCUUUCCGAAGAAAAUUACAGUUAUUGAAAUCUCAUUUAAAUAAUGAUGUUUUUCGUUUUUCUCCGUCAUGCGAGAUUCUUCUCAAAGAAUACGGCAAUAGCUGCAAUUUUAAGGAAUAUAUUCAUUUCGUAGAUUGUCUCAUAGAAGAAUUCGAUACACGUUUUAUUUGCUUCGAAAACUUAGAACCGAAUUAA